AUGCGGUUAUGUGUUAUCGUAUUGACUCUUUUUGAGUUCUCGGUGUGGAAUUCUUACCCUACAUACUGCCUGUCAUUGAAUACAAAGUACCUGUUUUACGGUGUUAACAAGCACGAGGGUUUUAAUUUGAGGCGGGACGUAUACAUUCGAAUUGCUAAUUUGGUUCGAAAUUACAAUUGGAUUCUAGUUUUGCCACCUUGGAGUCAAGCUUUUCAUUGGGAUGGAGUCUCUGCGUACCCGUGGUCAACUUUUUUUGAUGUCGACGCUCUUAGGAAAUUUAUUCCAGUUAUCGAACAUCAUGAGUUCCUACAAUUGGGUACGAUUUUUUGUAAAUGUUUGGACCCUUUUACGUGUCAAAGUCUGAGUUGUCUCGUAUUACAACUAAAAGCUCUACGUUUUACUAGCACACGUGUUUUUACAAGCAUAUGGGUGAAACGUAUUUAUAAACUAACAGUAAAAUUGCUCACAGCGUUUAUUCGAAUUUUUAAUCAGUGCUUGUUUUAA